AUGUCAGAGACUACUUGGCUAAAAGCCUAUCACAUUGUCGCUGAAAACCUGGAAUCAAAUCCGAUAGCAAAGCUCGGGGAACAUGCCUAUAGACUGGCUGCCCAUCGAAUCAUCUCCCCAAGCGUUCUGCGUGAGCUGCCAUUCACAUUCCAAGGAUGGGGAAUCUGGGCCUGGACAAAAGUUCCACCUCUGGCAUCACCAGCCAUCAUUGCAUUGUUGAACUGCUUGAAGCUAACACACAUGACACUCGCCACAGGAUCUCUGGCAGCAAAAUUCCAGUCUGUAAUGUACGGUGCAUUCACACCCGGAGGGGGAAUAUUCGCGACCUUGACUAGCCUCGGCAUGCGCGGAAUUCUUCAGCAGGCGGUUCAGAGUUUUGCUUUACCACUAGGAUCCGCAGCUGCUGUGGUGACAGCGUGGCUGAUAUUUUGA